AACGCUCAGAGCCUCAUUAAGGUUACCGGACUUCGUCAAAACGCUUAAAAUCGCGUUAUAACUGAAAGUGUUCCUCUGUGGCAUAUGAUCAAACACCUUGCGUGCGUCCUCCACAGACCCGCAUUUUCCAUAAGCUUCAACGAGCCUGUUCUGAAUGAAGAUUUCAGAGGAAAACCGAGUCUUAAAAAUUCGAGCAUGAACACGACGCGCGUCAAUUCCUGACUUUGAACGAACGCAAGAGUCCAAUAGCUUCGCGAAAGGCGAAGAAUCGGGUAAAGAAAGGUCACUCACCAAUUUUUGAACGAACCCAUUUCUACCCAUUACAUAACCUUAUCGAAAAACCCUUAAUUUGAAGAGGGGGGGGGGGGGGGGGGGGGGGGUCGGUCCCAUUAACGAAACCUCGUACCCGUGUUGUCCCCUUUUAGUUGAUUCGCGCUUUGAGUUUGAUUCAGAGAACGCAACACGACCAUGCUCCCCAACGACGUCGUUUCCAUUGAAAACUGCUUCUCCCUAAUUUCAAAGUGUAUAACGAUUAGAAGGGUGACGCUUGGAAAUGCUGUGCACUGUCACCUUAUCAAAACCGCACUCUUCUUCGACGCUUUCCUCGCUAACGGUCUCAUCGGCGCGUAUUCCAAGUGCGGCUGCGCAGAAAGUGCACACAAGGUCUUUGAUGAUUUUCCCAACAAGACCACUCGUUCGUGGAACAUGCUAAUCUCGUUUUACUCAAAAAUGGGCGUUUUCGAUAAGGCUUAUAAAUUGUUCGAUAAAAUGCCUCAACGAAACCUCGUUAGCUAUAACUCGUUAAUUUCGGGUUUAACGGGCCACGGGCUUCAUAAGGAUUCGGUUAACCUCUUUCGGGUGAUGCAAAACAGUAUUAACGGUUUGAUGUUAGAUGGGUUCACGCUAGUCAGCAUAGUUGGGAACUGUGCUUGUUUAUGUAAUGUUAAAUGGUUGCGUCAGGUUCAAGGGGUGUCAGUUAUAUGUGGCAUGGAGUGGAAUGUGAUUCUCAACAACGCUUUGAUUGAUGCUUAUGGGAAAUGUGGCGAACCCAAUUUGUCGUUUGCUGUGUUUUGUUGGAUGCCAGAGAGAGAUGUUGUGUCUUGGACAUCAAUGGUUGUGGCUUACACUCGGGCUAGUAGAUUGGAUGAGGCUUGCAGGGUAUUUGAGGAUAUGCCGUUUAAGAACACGGUUUCUUGGACUGCUUUGAUCACGGGUUUUGUGAGAAAUGGGUGCUGUGGUGAAGCUUUGGAUAUUUUUCAGCAAAUGUUGGAAGAGGGAGUAAGGCCUAAUGCUCCAACUUUUGUGAGUGUUCUAGAUGCUUGUGCAGAGAAGGCUCUUAUAGGAAGAGGUAAACAGGUCCAUUGUCAAAUUAUUAGACGUAGCAAUAAUGGCAACUUGUUUAAUGUGCAUGUGUGGAAUGCUUUGAUUGACAUGUACGGUAAGUGUGGAGAUAUGAAAUCAGCUGAAACUUUGUUUGAGGUGGCUCCAAUGAGGGAUGUGGUGUCUUGGAAUACUUUAAUAACUGGGUUAGCACAGAAUGGUCAUGGGCAAGACUCGUUAGUUGUGUUUAGAAGAAUGAUAGAAGCCAAUAUAAAGCCCAAUCAUGUGACUUUUCUUGGGGUGCUAUCAGCUUGUAGCCAUGCAGGUUUGGUUAAUGAAGGGUUAGAAUUGGUGGAUUUGAUGGAAAGGCAAUAUGGAGUGAAGCCAAGAGCUGAUCACUAUGCUUUAUUAAUUGAUUUGUUAGGGAGGAAAAACAGGCUCAAAGAAGCAAUCAGCUUAAUUGAAAAAGUGCCGAUUGAAAAUAAGAAUCACAGUGCAAUAUGGGGUGCAGUCUUGGGUGCUUGUCGAGUUCAUGGGAACUUGGACAUUGCCAAAAGGGCUGCAGAAGCACUAUUUGAGUUAGAACCAGAAAAUACAGCAAGAUAUGUUAUGCUGUCUAACAUUUAUGCUGAAUCUGGCAGAUGGGGUGAUGCCAAUAGGAUUAGAAUGGUCAUGAAGGAGAGAGGUUUGAAGAAAGAAGCAGCUUUUAGUUGGAUUGAGUUGAGAAAUGGGAGACAUGAGUUUGUGGCCAAGGAUAAGCUUCAUCCACAGAUUGGAGAGAUAUAUGAAUUAAACAGUAAAUUAGUUCUUCAUUUGAAGGAUGCUGGAUAUCAACCUUACAUUAACUACCUUUUUCCUGAAGAGGAUGAUGAUUUCUACUCCACUCACUAG